CUUGCUUUGGAUUAUUCGUGAUUCUUCUUUGCUUUCUUUUCUCUUUCGGAAUUUUCUCAACCAACUCUUCUUUCCUGUAAAUCAAUCAAAACCCUUCUUCACUCUCUCUCUAUAUAUAUACAACUCAGAACAUAAGUAAUCACAGAUAUUCUCACUGAUUUUCCCUAAGACUUCUAUAAUUUUCCUUUCUCAACUGCUAAAAAUGGCCGACAUAGAUCAUUACCAAACGAAACCAAAUAACCCAACUAGCUUAAAGCUCUUCGGUUUCAACCUUUCAUCAGAAGAAGAUCAUGACAUUAGUAACAAAACUCGUCAGAUUGAUCAUGAUCAAUCUCUUGAAUUCAACGACUUUUCUUUUCCAUCCAACGAUAACAAUAAUUUAAUGACUCGUAAAUACGAGUGUCAAUAUUGUUGUCGCGAAUUUGCAAAUUCUCAAGCGUUGGGUGGCCAUCAAAACGCGCACAAGAAAGAGAGGCAGCUCUUAAAGCGUGCACAAAUGCAAGCCACUCGGAAUCUUGUGGUGUCUUCGGUGCAUUUCCAGGACCCCAUGUUACGGCCCUACACGUCACUCCCCCGCCUGCUUGCUCCGGCACCGGUGGCAACUCCUCCUCCGCCGCCGCCUCAGUAUCAUUCCUCGUCGUUUUAUGUGUUGCAUGGGAACAGCACUGUAGUGUCGCCAUUGCUGGUGCCUCGUCAAUAUGGUAGUGCUUAUAAUAAUCCUUGUAAUAGGAAAAACUCUGGCUUGGGAAGGCGGCGCGUCGGGGAGGAUGUGAAAGUGGUGACGCCGACUCCUCCGGUGCCGGCGGUCAAUGAUAGGUCUAGGGGUUUAGCGUUGGAUUUGCAUCUGGGUCUUGGGCCGGCUGUGCCUUAAAUUUUUAAUCACAAAGUCAAAUUAAUGGAGAGUGUUGGUGCAUGUAAAAUCUUUCCGAUUUCUAACUUUUUGUUAAUUAAAUGGUUAACCUCUUUUCAAUUUUCU